AUGUGGAAAUUGGGGCUUGUUAGCAGUGAAAAAUGGUGCUGUUUCCUAGCUUCGUUAUUUCCCAAAGUCUUUUGCUCCUUGACACUAACGUGGUCGCAAUUAGUGAUGCUCUUUAUCGUGCCCAAAUAUGUUGACUCCAAAUUUCAAAUUUACACCCAGUUCAUAGCCACCAAUCUGUUGUAUCUUUUAUGCAUAUACACAUACUUCAAAAUCAUCUAUGUUGGACCGGGCUCGCCCUUGGACUAUCCGCAGUUGAAAAUACGCAAUUUAAACGCCGAGAACCCUUACAACAAGCAUCUACCUUUGAGUGAAGCGCCGCCGGAGUUCAUGACAAUACACACACGGAAAUUUGGAGGCAACCAGGGGUUCAGAUUCUGCACCAAGUGCGACUGCUGGAAACCGGAUAGGACACACCACUGCUCGAGCUCGGGGAAAUGCAUCUUGAAAAUGGACCAUUACUGCCCCUGGUUUGCCAUUUGCAUUGGCUUCUUCAACUACAAGUUUUUCGUCCAGUUUCUUUGCUAUAUAGCCACUUACUGCUGGAUUGUGUUUGCGAUCACAGUAGCCGUGUUGUACAAUUUCUUGUUCUCGGAUAAGUACCUGGACCAGUACUUGUCGAUCAAUUUGGUGGUCCAGUGCGUGUUGGCGCUGACGUUUGCAUUUACAGUGACGAUAUUUGCGUCGUUUUCCGUCUAUUUGAUGUCGCGCAACUUGUCGACGAUUGAGUUCCAGGAGCAAAGGUGGAAUUAUAGAGGCGCCAACAAUUACAACUACGAGUUUGACGGCAAUGGCAAGAGGAAGCAGUUGGCCAAUAUCUUUGACCUUGGAUUCAAGGAGAAUUUGAAGCAGGUCUUGGGCACGAGCUGGACGAGCUGGUUGCUUCCUGUCGACGUCAAUGUGAGAAUAGCCGACCUGGGCUUCCGCAACGGGAUCAAUUUCAAAGUCAAUGAAGAGGUGUAUAGAAAAUGGUGCAGCAAUGCCGAGUUGAACGAGCAGUUGAACCAACAGUUACGGGAAUAUUCAGCCAGAUCGAGGAGAGAGCGCGAGUCUCUGCGGGAGCAGACUCAAAUUGAAGAUGUCUAG